AUAAACACGCGUUCAUAAACGCGCACCCAAUAACGUCAGUGUGUAUGCAGAUAUCGGCAGCGUUCAUAAACGUGCGUUUACAAUUGGCGUGGCGGGUAAAUUUCAGUUCUCGACAGAAACGUGUAGAGGCAAAGGAACGUGCGAAUUCCGCAGACAAUCAGAGGUCAGCGCCGUUGAUCAAGAAAGUACGAAUUAUCUUCGAGUAAGUAAUUUUUAUUGAUUGUAGAGAUAUCUGACGUCAGAACAGUGACUCAAGGCUUCACCAGAAAAUUCAUUGAAUUGUAAGGAGCACAUCCUUGUCUCUGGCAAACGAAAGCAAAAGAAUAUCUAGAUAAAAAUAAAAAAAAAUGCAGCAUACACAUUGUUAAUGGAAAAGUUACAAAGAAUUCAACUUAAUGCUACAAAACAAUCAGUCAUAACAAAAAUUAAUACUCUGCGUGGUGGUUUCCGAAGAGAAUAUAAAAAAGUAUAAAACUCGAAAAGAAGUGGAUCUACGUUGCAAGAUGUAUAUGUUCUAGCCCUGUGGUAUUACGAAAUACUGUUAUUUGUUAAGUAUCAGGAGAUACCAAGACAGUGUGUUUCAAAUAUUGAAAGAGAAGUGCAUGACGACGUGGAAGAGAUGCAAAUAGAUGAAGAGGAGAAUGGGAGAGAGGCAGGUGAUGCCGUAUCUGAAUAAAUUGAAAUGGAGGCACAUUUAGAACAUAGUAUGGCGAGCACGUCAAGACUUUGUACAUCAGCACUAUCCAGUCGAUCAUCACCACCUUUACCCCAAAGGUCCAAAAAAUUCAAAGCACACCAUCAACAUAUUAAUAAAGCAGAUCAGAUAUCAGACAUUGUCGGUACACGACUCAAUAAUCCGGCAGACGGGUUCGACCUUAUAGGAAAAUCGAUAGCAAUUAAAUUACGGCGAUUGCCAAGAGAAAUACGACUUUAUUCAGAAAAAUUAAUAAACGAUGUUCUAUUUCAAGAGGAGCUAGGAAAAGGUAACGAACGUACAAGAAUUACGUUGGAACCCAAUCAACUCCAACCAACACCAAUUGGUAAUAGUAAUACAUUAUUCCCCCGCCACCAAACUGUGAUCCCAUCUGGACUCAGUCUACACCAACCAACCAAAACAACAAUUAACAAUAGUAAUACAGCUGCUGCGUAUUAUGGCUCUUAUAAUCCUUUACAGUAAUUAAUAUUAUACUGUUAUGGAUAUGCUGU